AUGGUGCUCAUAUACAUAGAUGACAUAAUUGUCACUGGCAGCAACUCUGGGAAAUUGCAGAAAUUCACCUCAAGACUAAAUGACAUGUUUGCCUUGAAAGACCUCGGUCCCCUUCAUUACUUUCUAGGAAUCGAGGUCCAUAGAGAUGAAACAGGUCUAUAUUUGAAUCAAGGAAAAUACAUAAAAGAACUCCUCACUCGAACUGGAAUGCUACACUUAAAACCAUGUUCAACACCAAUGACAGCUGACAAGGCAUUGUCAAAGACAGAUGGAGAGCUCCUGGAAAACCCCACAUCAUAUAGAAGCAUCAUUGGUGGACUUCAAUACCUCACUCACACCAGGCUAGACUUAUCUUUUGCAGUAAAAAAAUUAAGUCGAUAUCUACAAGCUCCUACAACAGCUCACUGGAGUGCGGCAAAAAGGAUAUUGCGAUACCUGAAAGGUACCAUACAUUCUGGUCUGCAUAUCAAGUACUCAGACCAACUUGAUAUAACUGGAUAUUCGGAUGCGGAUUGGGCGUGUUGCCCGGAUGAUAGAAAAAGUGUAGCUGGAUACUGUGUCUAUUUGGGGGAUACCUUGGUGUCGUGGUCAUCUAAAAAGCAACCGGUUGUGUCACGGUCCAAUACCGAAUCAAAGUAUAGAGCAUUGGCUAAUGUGGUUGCUGAGAUUGUGUGGAUCCAGUCAUUGCUAAAAGAAUUUGCUUUUUCAUUGCAGAGGACUCCUAUAAGUUGGUGUGAUAACAUGGGGGCUAGUGCACUUGCUGCAAACCCCAUCUAUCAUGCUAGAACUAAGCAUAUCGAGAUGGAUGUACACUUAGUGAGAGACAAAGUUUUGAAGAAGGAGUUAGAGAUCACAUAUAUACCAUCCCACGAUCAAAUUGCAGAUUGUCUAACAAAGAGUCUCACUCAUCAUCGGUUUCAUUUUCUCAGUGACAAACUUGGUGUGGUUGAAACCCCACUUAGUUUGAGAAGGGGUGAUAGGAAAAUGAAUUAA